AAAUCAGUGAGGAACAUGAACCACACGUUCGGCCGAGCACAAUGCCAGUUCGUCACGGGCCGGCUCUACAACUUCAGCGGGACGAACCGGCCGGACCCGACCUUGAACUCAGGAUACCGGGCUUUCCUAUCGCAGAGGUGCCCGAGAAACGGUGACGAGUCGGCUCUGAACGAUCUCGAUCCAACGACGCCUAACAUCUUCGACAAGAACUACUACACGAAUCUAGAGGAGAACCGAGGGAUCCUCAGCUCCGACCAGGAGCUCAAGUCGUCGCCCCAAGCGCAGGGUGCCACCGCACCCAUCGUCGACCAGUUUGCGAGCAGCCAGGAUGCCUUCUUUGCGAAUUUCGCACAAUCCAUGAUCAACAUGGGGAACAUUCAGCCGUUGACAGACCCCUCCAAAGGAGAAAUCCGAAAAAACUGCAGAAAGGUCAAUGCAUUGAAGCUAAUUAGGAAGGAGAAAUACGUGGAUGUGCUUAAUUGACUGCAAAUACAAAUUAAGCACUUAAUUUGGCUCCUCUAAUGUACGUGUGCAGCUCAUUACUUUCUUAUUGUUAUGCAGUUGAAUAAUUGUUCAACCGAUAUAAUAUUACAUGUAUGUUGCACCUAAAUGCAUGAUCUUUAAAGUCAGAUUAUUAUAUGUAUCUAAUAUAAAAUAAAUCUUUACUUUUGUA